AAGACGACCCCACAAAACACACCCUUGACUGGUUGCAACUAGCAAAUUCAAUUUUUUGUUCGGCAUUCCACUCUUGGUCGAGCUCGCCGUCGGGCGCCGUCUACAUUUGUCAUCCCUGCGUGGUUGUCCGGCAAGUUUUGAAGAAGGGGACACGAUGCCUUUAGGACUAAUUCUUGGGAUAGGAAGGGCAUUUCGAAGGAAGCGAACUUCGUCCCUUGACAUUCUAUCGUCAAAACGUGCUCCCCGAGGUUACUACAAAGGGAAAAAUUGCAAGCCUACUGGUUUCCACACGCGCAAAGGUGGAUAUGUUGUAUUGCAAGAAAAACUGCCAAACUACGUAGUCCCUGAUCUGACUGAUUUCAAGCUCAAACCUUAUGUAUCUCAGUGUCCUAGAGAAGUCAAGACCUCUGAGGCUUCUGAAGCGGCUAAAUAACCAAGUAGUGGAGGCUGGGCAUGGUUAACAGGACUAGGCACUUCUUUUUUUUUUUUGCUUAUUAUCAGAAUCUUUUGAAGGAUGAAGUCUUGUGUUAUUACGGAAGUAUUAUUCAUAAAAAGGAGAACGAUUUAUCUCGUAUUGUAUGGUUCAACUCAAUUGUUUCUUGAUUCAAAGUUCUUUCGCAGCUUAAGCUUCCCUGGCCUGUAUGACAGUGGCGGUGACAGCACAUUAAAUCUGGUCAUGAGCGUGUAUGUUAAUGUUGCACCGACCCUGAGAACAUAAACUGACAACCAUUAUACUUGAUGUUAUUUUUCUGAAUGGAGAGGCAGGGUAUAAGUUUGUAGCGUCAUUCUUUA